AUGUCUGCUACAACUACAGCCGUUACUUUUGCUAACAAAUGCGUACUACAUAUAUGGGGUCAUGCCGAUGAGGGGACACCAAGUUUGGUCUCACCUAGUUCUAUCGCCCUUAUUUGGUAUCUAAAUAGUUUACCAAGAGAACUACGUGAUGAUUUUGAAAUUGUAUGUUCCAAUAAUACUGAUUUAUCCAUGACCAAAGAAUUACCAGUUUUGUUCAUAAACUCUCCCAAUGGAAUUGUGACAAGACAGAGAUGCGGUUUCAUUGAUAUCAUAAGGUACAUCGACACACAACAACAAGGACAUAAAAAAACUUCCUCUUCGAACCAGCAAAAUUUAUUAGAGAGCGCUUUAUUAACUUACACAAUGACGGAACUAACUCUUCUGACCGAUUAUCAACUAUAUCUAAAUGGGAAAAAUUAUAGUAAUUUCACGAAUAAGGUCUUUUCCAAAUUGCUCUAUUGGCCUAUGUGGUAUAAUACUCCAUUAAACAAUAGAGCCUUAACAAGGAAAAGAUACUACGUACACGAUUCCCCACAUAAGAUCCUUGAUACAGAGAUGGAAGGGUUCGAGAAUAUACAUAUUGAUGAAAAACAUGAACAUGACCCAUCAAUGGCGCAUUCCAAGACAUUCAAACUGACAAAGUAUAAGAAGAUGCAAAACAAGAAAACGUUACAAAAUUUACAAGAUGAUAUGAACUAUAAUAAGAGAUUCGUUGAAGUUCUUAACGAUUGGUUUGAGGUUGCAAAGGAUGUACCUUCUAUUUAUGAUGGUGAAGGUUCAUGUUCUUCUCCUACUUACCUUUUAUUAUUAGCGAAUCUGUAUAUUCAAAUGGAAUUACCAAACGGUAGUAAGAUUAAAGAAUAUUUGUCAUCUGUCGAGCAUUGGGAUAAGAUAAGUAAUGAUUUGGAAUAUUUGAAAACGAGCGGCUACGGGGAAAUGAUAAUACAAAAAGAUGGCAGCAUUGAUAGGAAUGGAGGCUUACAAUUACAGCCAGCUAAAUUCAAUGAGCAAGGUAAUAUCAUCACAUCUUUAUACAAUUAUAUCACUUGGUAUUUAUGA